ACAAUGAAUUCCAACAUGGUGGAAAUGUGCUACACUGUUUGAAAAUGCAGGCCGUGUCAUGCCUUGAAAAAAAUCAUUUUAUGCUAGAAUUUGGUAAAAAAUGUCGGACCCUAAACGUGCUACUCUUAUAACAGUGGGUGCUUCAAAAAGUGGAAAGAAUAGUGUGUGUAAAACAGUGAGAUUAACUAUAAAUCUGGAUGAAAGCAACGAAAGUAAAUAUCCAGAGCUGAAUUACAAGGAACUAGUCAUAGCAGAAGACAGAAAAAAGAGAGUAGAAAAUGGGAAGACAAACAAGCUGGAUCCAUUUUCCGACAAUGAUGAGGAGCUAGAACGGGUUGCCAAGAAAUUUGAACAAAAAUAUGGUGGCAAGAGCACAUAUGGCAGAAAGGGACGUUCCAAGCAUGAUGACUUUGCGGACAUCGGCAUGGGUUACGAUGAGAAUGACCCUUUCAUCGAUAACACAGACAAUUACGAUGAGAUGAUGCCACCAGAGACGGACACGUUCUACGGCGGUUUCUACAUCAACAGCGGGUCGUUAGAGUUCAAGAGUGUGCCUGAGAACCGGAUCUCGGAUGUGGAGAAUGGGAGAAGGAAUAAGAGGAGGAUUUCGUCAAGCAGCAGCGAAGAGGAGUCUUCGGAGAGCUCAUCGGACUCUGAGAGUGCUGAUGAGAAGGAAACUAAGACUAUACCCAACGGAGCGGUGCAUAAUGAACAUAGGAAAAAGAAAAACAAAGAUAUUGAUAAGAAAAAGAAAGCGAACAAAAUCAGAAGGACCGACUCAUCUGCAGCUACAUCAGGGAAACAGACUUCUGAUGAUAACGUUCACGGCGAUGCCGAGAGCGCGGACUCUCGCACGUCGCAAUCCGACUCGCUGACUUCCAAACCCGCGCCCAGUUCCGAGAACGCCGUGACGUCUGACAGCUCCAGGGAUGUAGAAGCGAAGUCUGAAGUGAAGCUGCCCCAACCAGUGAUUCAAGUUUUGGAGCAGUUAGAAGCAGCAGUGAGCAAGCUACAGACAGAACAUCCGGAGACUCCCGUAGCUCAACUUACUACUAAUAAUGAGAAGCAUCUUUUGAGUCUGGACGCAGCGCUAACGAGCAGUUCGGAUUCGGCCCGCGCGCGGCGCGCGGCGUGGGGACGCGCCGCCGUGUGUCUGCGCUCCUCGCGCGCCAAGCUCGUGCACCGCGUGCAGGCGCGGCUUAAAGCUCAGAGCGAAGCUGCUGACACUAAAGUUCCUGCCUCUCCUAUUGCUCAACCGACAACUACCACUGCCACUCCGACUGCCACUACGAACAACAAGAGGAAAUACUCUGAAGACACCGAUGAAGAUAUUAGCAAACUCACUGCCGAGCAACGGGAAGCUAAGAUAGUUGAUAUGUUACAAAGACUAAAAACCUUGAUAGAAGACCGCACACCCGCCAUGAUGGCCAGUUAUCAGGCCGAAUGUGACAGGGUCAUGGAAGAGAGAAAGAAACUUCAAAUAGCGUCCGACGGCAGACCGAUCGAGAAGCGCCUCCCCAAGCGGCGCUUCCCGUGGUGUCCGCGCAGCCGCUCCCUGCUGGCGCGCCUCAAGCGGCUCGCGGGGGAGCGGGACGCCGCCGCCAGCCUGCUCGUGCGCCGGGCACUGCCUCUGUUCCCUAGCGGCUUUGUCAGGAUGCCCACACUGUUGAGACAGGCUGAUCUCAGCAAAGAGCUCAAAGUGUCAGACGCGAAACGACAACGCUCUUCCUCCGUAUCCGCUCCAGCACCGGCGCCGGCGCCCGCACCCGCACCCCCCGCGCCCCCCGCGACGGCCCCCGCGCCCCCCGCGCCGGCCGCCAUCACCGAGCCCAUACUGUUCCCCAGCUCACUAACCGUCACUACAAGUGUCAAACCUAUAGAAAAGACUGACGAAGACAAAAAGACCACAUCCGUCUUCGGAAACAUAAUAAACUCCUUCUCCCUCAGCAAAGACUUGAUAGUCGAAUCGGAGAAAAAAGAUCCGGAACCCAAAAAGGAAGUCGUCCCGAACAACAUAGGCAGCAUAACCAUCACCCCGGUAGUUCAAAAGGAGAAGAGACCGACCGUUCCGCCCGCCAAGGAGCCGCUCCUGCGAGUCAAAUCGCCGGCGGUCCUCAACGAAAUGGCUAAAAAGGACAAACACAAACCGAAAGACCGACCUCAGGUCCGAGACAAGCGGGUCGACUCCCCGUUACAUGUAGACACUGGCUUCCCGAAUAAAAAAGAAACGCCCAGUCCGACGUUAACUAAAGAGGAGCUUACUAAAAAACAGAUUGAAAGUAUGAGAAUAUCGGAGAACAACAUACCCCGGCCGGCUCUAGUUCCCGUUCACCAUUCCCCGACCUUCGCUAAACCCGAUAAGAGACCUCCGGAAGUCAAAAAGAAGAAAGAGAUAGUGAUUAUAUCAGAUUUAGAUCCGUUAGGUGACGUUCAUCAGGAAUCCGUAGUUGCCGUGGACGAUAGUAGCAGUGACGUUGAAGUGAUAGAAGAGAAUAAAAGUGAACCUAGUAAGUGUGAAGUGCCUUCGAAAGACAAAGUGAGUGAUAAGAAGGUGAGCAAGAAAGAUAAUCAUCGGAAGGAAGAUGCGCUGGAGGAUGAUAUUCACACGGUUAUGAGGAAUUUGAGAGAAAUGGAGCAUUCACAGGAAACUCCAAAAUUCAGUAAUUCUUUCGGAGGAGUUAUAACCAGUGCCAAGCACGAGAAGUCUUCCAAAACCUACAACCCAAGGAAUGUAUUCGGGGACCGUAGUGACAAAGACAAGCUCGCAGAAUCAGCUUCUUUGAACAAAAUGGAUGGAUGUAGUGCCGUCACAGGUUGAUGCAGUACUACCGAAACCUCAAAUGAAGACGUAACGCAGGCGGUACUAAUAUAUACACUGUGGUUGAUUUUAGUGUCACGCGUUGUAUGAGAAAGCUGUCCGCGCGGACGGUCGUCCGUCUCACUCUAAAACGCUCCCUGAACUAAAUACAUAUUGGCGCGGCGCGGAGCAAUCCGCGCGGACGGUCCGCGUGACACUAAAAUCAGCCUAAACUAUUUAUUCCAUGCGAGGUAGGCCCGGACAUUUUGAAAUUUACAUUUUGAAAAUGCGUUCGAACGCCUAAUAUCGUUGGACACAUUUUUAACGCAGUUUACAUUUUAUAUUUCUGGUUGUUUUGUACCAUUCUAUGUAAUGUAUCUAUCCUAUUUCAGAUAACCAAAAAUGCUAUCAAAAUUUCCAAACACUUCAACAAUUUUUCCAAAGAAAUUGGGGGGACAAAAGCGCUAAUAUGGACCUAAUCGCUAAAAAAAUCCUUCAAGGUUUUACUAGAACAAAGUUUGACAAUACUUAUCACAAAAAUGUAUGACGCCAUACAGCACCAUAUAUUCCAUCUGUUAAAACUGUAGCUAAAGUUUCUACUAAGUACUUUGUUUUGUUAUGAAAGUACAUUGUUGAAUUGUGACAUUUUCAACCAAAAGGUACCACAAUGUCGCUUGUCAAUAAGGUUGAUUUCAAAUUGAAGCUAUAUGGAAAUAGGGCCUUAUUGACAACCGACAAUAAGUGCCCUUUUGAUUGAGAAUGGCAUAAUUAAAUAUCUCAGGCACUUUUGUGUGUUACAUUGUUGAACAAAAUAAUAGGUAAUAUAUAAUAAUCGUGCUAUGAGAUUAUUGGUGACGUUUUCAAGUAAAAGGUACCACAUUGUCGCUUACCAUAAGGGCAAAAUUUGCUAGCAUCUUUAUACGAAUAACCUGUGAGAGCGUCCUUAUGGCAAGCGACAAAGUGGUACCUUUUGCUUGAAGACGACACAUUUCAUUUCACCGCAUAAAGGGCCUGUAAAUAUAACUCAUCUUCUUUCUCUCCGAUGUUAAAAGAAUAUAUUUAUAUAUCAUAAACUAUAUAUAUCGUGUAUAAUUUCUGUUAAAAAAAGUGUCAAAAUGUCCGGGCGUGGCACGACAUAAAGCCUGACCAGUAAUAUAUGAUCACGCGCCAUGUUGCGGAAUUUCACUGGAACUAAUGUUUUCAUACUAAACUGAACUGUCACAUGAGAAUAACAGCGCUCUCUUGACAAUGAUCAUAUCAGGGAUCGUUACCGGUAUAACUUAAAAUCAAAAUAUCACGUAGCAUUUGAUAUAUUUCUUUGAUAUUGCAGAAUGGUAUUUAGGUAAGGACAAUGAGUUUAUCAGAUCACCUAAAUGAAACGGAAAAAUAGACAUAAACAACCGAGAUACCGAAAUUGAAUACCGGUUAAUUUGCAUGAAAAAUAUACCGGUAUUCGAUCCCUGGAUCAUAUAUUACUGGUCAGGCUUUACAACGUAAGAUCUGGGCUAUAACCGCGAAAAUCGAUCGAUUUUUCCCUGUCACUCUAAUUACACCUUCAUUGGAGUAAAAGAGAAAGAUCGGCAAUUUGCGAAUUUCGGUUUUCGCGGUAGCCCCUCUGUUCCGUUCUACGUAACAUAAAGGUUUGUAUAAAGCGCUCUUAUUUGUAUAAACUAUGAAUAUCAUUUAGUUUUUUUUACACUCCUUGACUCCAAAUAGUUACUGCUUCACUAUUGGUUCGUGACGAAAGAUUUUUUUAACCAAAUAUUUUCCAGGCGAUAACUCUUAAAGUGUUAAUGAAGUUGUAUAUCAGCCUCGUGAAUGUUAGCUGCCGCUCCGUCGGUGACCGUUGAGGUACUACGUACAAUUUUUGGAUAUUAACUACUUUACGAGUUACAUCCCGGAAAGCAAUAACUAAUGAAUUUUUUUACAAGCAAACAAGCAUUUUAGCAGAAUUCGAUGUAUGUAUUGUGUGCGGUUGGUAUUUUGUGUCCUGUAUUCCACCGUCCCACCACCAACCGGCCAAAAAAUGUGUAGUCAUAGGUUAUAGUUUUUCAAAAGUUUUACAUAAGAUAUAUAUAAAUAAAUAUUAUAGGACAUUCUUACACAGAUUGACUAAGUCCCACGGUAAGUCCAAGAAGGCUUGUGUUAUGGGCACUCAGACAACGAUAUAUAUAAUAUAUAAAUACUUAAAUACAUAGAAAACACCCAUGACUCAAGAGCAAAUAUCUGUGCUCAUCACACAAAUAAAUGCCCUUACCGGGAUUCGAACCCAGGACCAUCGGCUUCACAGCUACAGCUAGUUUACCAAUAACUAAGAACGUGUAUGUGUAUAAAACAUUUUAUUAUAAUAUUACUAUGAAAACAUCAAUUGCAAACCAUCUUGAAUUAAAAAGUUAUUUACAUAAACAUGCGUUGAUCGCAAUUAUGGAUGCAAAUUGUUUUACAGAAUUGACAUGGCUACAAUUUACCAAUUUACCAAACCAAAAAAAAAAUUCUUUAUCAAGUUUUUUACAAUUUAUACUGUGUCAUGGUUGCAGUUAGAAUCUAAGUUAAUCUUUAUUUUACAUUUAUGAUUUAUGAUUUUUUGUUUUGUAAGUGGAGCAGUAACUACACUCAAGAGUAAUUAAAAUAGAUCACUUUGUAAAAAUAUUAUACGCAAAUUGACCCAUUUUCUUUGCUCUUGAGUAUACACUAUAACUCAAUAGUAAUAGAAAACAAGAUUCGGUUUUAUUGUAAAUUAUGAUUGUAUACUUGAAAUUAAGCCUCGUUUACACUUGAGUUAUUUUAUUUGGCUUUAUUUGCAAGUGUAAUCGGGCCGUCAAGCCCAAAUGUAAUAAUUAUGAAUAAAUAUUUAUAAUGAA